AUGAAGUUUUCCCUAUCUGCUGCCCUCUUGGUUUCUGUUCUUAGUGCCACCAGUGUCUUUGGUUCUCCAGUGCCCACUACUACUAAGCAUGAGUUGUCGUUUAAGAAAAAAUUCGGCAUCAUGAGUCUUCACUCUGGUAAUUUCAAUGUCCACCUUCAUCCUUUCUUUGUUGGCAAGUCAGGACAUGUUUAUUUGACUCCAUAUGAUCAAGCUGAUCAAGUAAAUGAGUUUUACCUGAAAGACACUCAAUUAUUUCACAAAAAUGAGACUGCUUUCCUCGAGAAGGAUGGAGCUCUAGUCUUUAAGUUUAAUUCCUCUGGUAACUCUCCUUUGACCGGUUUUAAAACUAAGCAAAUUACCGGCAUCGGCUACGAAUUCCGAUUCAACAACGCUUUCCCAGUCGCAUGCCAUGUUCCCAACACCGAUGAAGUUUAUCAAAUCUACUAUGGCAAAGGGAAUAACACUAACGACUGCGUUGGUGUUGCUACCGAGCUUAUUAUUCCUUAA